AUGAGGCUUAUGGAGCCCGAAGAUUAUAGUCUCCCACCCAUUACGGCGCCCUCCAGCCCAAAAUUUACGCGUCGUUUCAAAGACUGCAUUCAUGAUUAUAUGCCGUUCAAUAGGAAGAUAUGUCACAUCAUCGACACCCCGCAAUUCCAACGCCUGCGCAACAUCAAGCAGCUUGGGACCUCUUACCACGUCUGGCCCACCGCCUCCCACAACCGGUUUGAGCAUUCUCUAGGAGUCGCGUACCUCUCCAUGAUCCUGGCCCAACACCUGCAGCAGUCCCAGCCGGAGCUGCGCAUCACGCAGCGCGACAUCGACUGCGUCACCAUCGCUGGGCUUUGCCACGACCUCGGGCAUGGGCCCUGGAGCCACGUCUGGGACGGGCAGUUCAUCCGUCGCGCCUUACCUGGCGCAACGUGGCAGCACGAGCACGCGUCCGAUAUGAUGUUCGAUGCGCUCAUCCAGGGCUGCCAGAUGGAGGCGGACAAGAAGGACGUCACGUUCAUCAAGGCGCUCAUUGGCGGUGACAAGAGCAUGUGCCCACUCGAGAAACAAUUUUUGUUUGACAUUGUCGCGAACAAACGAAACGGCCUGGACGUCGACAAGUUCGACUACAUCGCCCGGGACAAUCACGCCGUCGACGUGAAAGGAAACCUGUCUCUGACGCGACUCAUUCACUCCUCCCGGGUGAUCAAUGACGAGAUCUGCUACGACAUCAAGGACGCGAACCAGGUCUAUGAACUCUGCUGGACCCGCUUUAGCCUCCACAAGCGCAUUUAUAAUCACAAGACUGCGAAGGCGAUCGAGUACAUGCUAGUGGACGCCCUUUUGUUAGCAGACAGGCACUUGAACUUUUCCAGGCACAUCUACGAUCCUGCCAAGUUCCUAUACCUAACCGACCACCUGCGCACUCAGAUUGAAAGCUCUGAAGAACCUGAACUCGCCGAGGCGCGCGCAAUUUUCUUCCGGAUCACGACGCGCAACCUCUAUCGCAUGGUGGAUUACAAGGUGUUCGAGUGGAGCUAUAUUGACCACUGCCGGCGGUACUUCACGCCGGAGCGGAUCGUAGAUGCCGUGAAGCGGCUGCCUGCCACGUUGCUUGCGUCGCGGGAGGUGGAGGACCUCGACACGGAAGAGGGCGAGGGAGAAGGCAAGAGCGAGGGCGUGGGCGAGCCGAUUGAUGGGGACAUCGCGGCGCUCGAGCCACGACACGUCAUCGUCGACCUCUCGCGGAUGCACUACGGGAUGAAGGACAAGAACCCGCUCGACAGCGUCAAGUUCUAUUCGAAGCAGCACCCUAACAGAUCCCGCAAGGCGGAGCUGGGCGACAUCUCGUUGCUGAUGCCCCAGACAUUUGGGGAGGUUCUCCUACGCGUAUAUACCCGCGACCCACGUUUUUACGGCCUGAUCCAAGCAGGCUACCGGGAGCUGCUCGCACACUCUAACGAAGAGUUCGAGGAGGCACGGGAGGACGCCGACGUGCUCCCGCUCUCGCUCUCGCCGCCGAUCACAGAGGCGCCGUCCACGCCACGGCCAGCCCAACGCUCGAUGUCGCGCGUCGCCAGCGGAGCGCGAUUGUUUGGCGGCGAAGAGCCCGGGACGGGCACGAGCGGGAAGACGUGGUCGAACAACGCAUUCACGUCGGUGCCGACGAAUUACAAGUUGCCGCAGUCGCCGAGCGCCGAGCGGGCGCAGAUCGCCGCGCGCCGCUCGUCGAAGCGUAAGGAGCGCGAUGGGUCGCCGCCGGUGCCGACACGGAAGAGCACGCGGCGGGCGUAG